AUGGCUCUCGUGUCUCCGAAAACUUUAGAGAAGAGAAAAAGCGCUGGUGGUUAUGAGGGGAAUCCUCGGCAUGCAAAAAGACCACACAUUGCAGCUCCGCAAGUCACGCCAUCUGCGUCUGAUUCGAGGGACGCGCAAUAUUGGAUGGUGCAAUGGCGAAAACCGCAGAUGAAGAAAAACAAAACUUGGGAAGGGGACGGCGUAUUCAUUAUUCGUGAGGGUGCAUGUGAGCUACAGAAUCUUGACGGACAGAAGAUUGCUGGUGCACGUUCAAGCGGGAUCGGAGCAGUUUCUCCUGGAGACGUCCUGAAUUUAGCUGGGAAGGAGAUCGAGAUCGACUAUCCAAUUCCUCGUGAAGACUUCAUUUCCGGGAAGUGUUUCGACGUUGGGGGUGCCGCGCCCGUUGGGUCCGCCGCAUUGACCACUCCAAAGCCUUCCAUGGGCGCUGCAUCGUCGGCCUUCACGCCUUUCAAAUCAAUGAUACCAAAGGUUUCUCUCAAGUCUAACCCACCUCCCAUACCCAACCUGUCCCGCGCGGCAGACAUGCCCCUUCAAUCCCAGGCGACUCGCACGAAUCAUAUGAAAGGAGCCCAUGAUUUGAUACCAGGGGACCCAACUCAGGAUGAAGAGACUCUAUAUUGGACCGUGCAAUGGCGAAAACCUCAGACUCGCAAAAAUAAGUCAUGGGAAGGAGAUGCAUUCGUGUCACAGAAAGGUUGCAUUGUGACCUUCAUUGGAGACGAUGGUGCAAUACUUGGGAAUAUUUAUAAUGCUGGGAAGCUUAGAAAUGGCACCGCUCUUUACAUCGCCGGGAUGGAAAUUGAGGUUGACGCGCGGAUCCCCUGUUUGCCGUUCCAACCGCAUCGACCCUUGCCAGCUGUGUCGAUGUGCGAGGAAGAGACGGAAGAAACCGUGCAGCUUGUGAAGGCUACUUCGACCAAACCGAGAUUUAUUUCACCUAUUAGCAAAGUGAACACACCGAAGACGACGAGUGGAGGCGUGGAUGACAUGGACUUUGUCAAGAGAUUGCAACGAAUGGCACACAUUCCUUUUUAUGGACCGUCUAAGAAAUAUAGUCAGCUACACGAUCCGAAUGCCCCCGAUGCCCUCGUCAUGCCCAGACCUGACAAAGACCACGAAAAAAAGUACAACAAGAAAGGAGCCGAAGUUGUCCCAGUCGUUGUUGAUCCAAUUAUCGCCAAGAAAUUGCGGCCACAUCAACGGGAGGGAGUCAUUUUCAUGUACGAAAGUGUGAUGGGGAUGCGUAAGCAUGACGGGCUAGGUUGUAUUCUGGCGGAUGAAAUGGGUCUUGGGAAAACUAUUCAAACCAUCGCGCUGCUGUGGACUCUUCUGAAACAGAAUCUAUAUGCUGGGCAAGGUCCAGUGGCGGGAAAAGCAUUGAUUGUUUGUCCCGUGUCGUUGCUUUCUAAUUGGAAGAAGGAGAUUCAUAAAUGGCUUGGGAGAGAUCGUAUCGAAGUAAUGCUAGGAGAUAAAGACAUAAGCGUCAUCAAAGGUUUCCAGCGCAGUAAGCAUCAAGUGCUGAUCAUCGGAUAUGAGAGGCUCCGCUCUGUAAUAGAGGAGUUGGCGUACUGCCAUCCCCCUGUUGGACUGAUUAUUUGUGAUGAAGGUCAUCGACUGAAAUCUGCGGGUAGCAAAACGACCAAGAUGUUCGACGUCCUCCGCGUCCCCAGGAGAAUCAUUCUGACUGGCACGCCAGUGCAGAAUAAUCUGGGGGAGUUUCACAGCAUGGCCAACUUCGUAAACCCUGGCCUCUUGGACACCUAUAAAACAUUCAGUAAAAUAUACGAAAUCCCUAUUCUCCGAAGUCGGGCUCCAGAUUGCUCGGAGAAAGAAUAUGAACUUGGGAGUGCUCGUGCGGAGCAUCUUGCACAAAUAUCUCAAUCCUUUGUGCUGCGACGUACUGCUGGGAUUCUUAGUAACUAUCUUCCACCUAAAAACGAGUAUGUGGUGUUCGUCCGGCCCACGAAACUGCAGCUUGCGAUGUUCAAGAAGAUCCUCGUUCCCGAGAGACUUGACGAUCUUAUUAUGACAUCCACUGCAAACUCACUUGCCCUUAUAGGCCGUCUGAAGCAGUUAUGCAACAGCCCUUUGCUGUUACGGCAUCGAACAGAGGAGAAAGAGGAGUUACAAACCACCGCUAACAAUGCUAUUAAGAACGCGCUCGCUUUGAUAUCUGAGUCUGCAAAACAAGAUGAUAUGACUCUUAGUGGCAAAAUGAUGACUUUGCAAAAACUCCUGCGCAUCCUACGAAGAGAUACCGACGAGAAAGUUGUAAUCGUAUCACACUACACUGCAACUCUAAACGUCAUCGAGAAAUUUUGUGUUCGUAAGAAGUAUACGUUUUCCCGACUUGAUGGGUCCACAAAGGUCGAACUUCGUCAGAUGUACGUUGACAAGUUCAACAAGUCUCCCCAAGCGGAAAAGUUUGUCUUCUUGCUUAGUACCAAAGCAGGAGGCGUAGGGCUCAACCUCAUCGGCGCAUCCCGCCUCAUCUUGGUCGACAGCGACUGGAAUCCAUCCCACGAUCUGCAGGCCAUGGCUCGGAUUCAUCGAGACGGACAAAAACGGCCGGUCUUCAUCUACCGUCUCCUCACAUGUGGAACAAUAGAUGAAAAAAUAUUCCAGCGUGCUGUGACGAAGAUGGGUUUGAGCGAAUCGUUGAUGGGUGACACAAGUGGUGCCGAUGGAGGGAAGGGAUCGAAAGGAGAUUCUUUCUCGCAAACCGAGCUGAAAGAUUUGUUCACAAUUCAUCCUGCCGCCCGUUGUCACACCCAUGAGCUUCUGGCAUGUUCCUGUGUCUCUGGAACUUCGGACGGGGCCUUAGAGGAAACUGGAGAAUCUGGAGGGCUUGUGGACGAAGUUGAGGAUAAGAUAGAAGAUUCAGAUGAUGACGACGUGCUCACUGGAUUUGUUCCUGCAUCCCAGUACAAGCCGCCUAAGAAUAAAAUGUCUACCGAUAAGAGUCAGGCUUUAGUUGCUCUUACGGAAUGGACACACGUGAAUGCCCUGAACCCCGCUGCACGGGAGUACAUCCACGACAACGUUCUCCUGAAGGUUAUUUAUAGCCCUGACACCCCGCAAACUGGCGAUGGCAGUCUCGGUGGGGAAACCCCAGGCACGUCAUGCUCCUUAUUGGAUAGCCUUGACAGCGCAAACCUAGAAGAUGAUAGCGGAAGUGUGGCGUUCGUGUUUGAAAAGAUCUCCAAGUCAGAAGCAAUACCAGACACCUCUCCAUGA